GCGACCAUACGUAGUCAUGACGUUUAAUUCGCGCGACGUAGUUUCGCAUGUGCUUAUCUCGUGUUGUUGACAAACAUGACCACGGCGCUUAUAACUGCACUGAGCAUCCUUACCAAACCUAUUCGAGAGGCCAAUUUGAGUGGCCCACAAACAACCCAACAGGAAGUGAUUGUGUCUGCUCUCCAGAGGAACCAGUUGGAACUGAAGCGAUUGUUAGAUGGCGGAGAGCUGGAGGAGGCCCGCCGUUUACUGGAGGAAGUCAGGAGCGAGACACAGUGGUUCUGUGCUCACACUGAGGACCUAACCUGGAGCUUUGUACAGGAAUGCCUCCUCCUGCUGCUCUGCUUGGCACGCAACCUCAGCAGGCUGGUGGAGGCUUUUAACCGGGACUCAAGUCCUGCUGUUCCAAACCCUCGUGCUCCAGAGGCAGCUCCGCCAUUACCUCCGGAUGUCCUUAGUGUAUCUCAACAGAAGACCCUAGGCACUGUGCUACAGUUUCUUGUCACCCUGGGCCUGUGUCCAUACUUGGUCCCUGGGGUGGGGGUGAGUCUGGCGCUGCGCUCUGCGUUUGGGGUUGCUGUGGAAGGUGCAGUGCGUCGUGAUGUAGCCCCAACCUGUGAACGCAGACUUCUCAUAACCACUACUGUUUUUCUUGAGGUGGCUGCGCUGUCGUCCCUGGCCACUCUGGUCUUUACUCGCCACCUGGGUGACCUUAUGGCGGUGCUUUGCCAGUUAGGGUAUCGGCCUCAUCGGCCUGAAGGAGACGGUGCAGAAAAUAAUAAGGGCCUCACUGUGGAAGAGCGGAAGACAUGCAAACAAGAACUUCAGAGUCUUCUGGGAAGAGUUUAUCAGCCAAUUGUUAUCAAAGAGCUGCUGGUUCUUCAAGGGGGCCCCAAGGCAGUUCCAGGCUCCAGGUUGCACCAGGCUCCUGCCUGGUUGAGGCGUCUUUGUGGCCAGCUGCUCUCUGAGAGGUUGAUGCAGUCACAUGGGGUCCAAGCGGUGGUAAGAGCCAUCCUGGAGGGAUCAGCAGGUGGAGACUCAGAUUGGAGAAAAUGUGAUGCUGUAGCCAAGAUCCUGGCGACUUGCCCCCAGCAGUCGCUCUCUUCUGAGAGCUAUUACAGUCAAGUGUGCCCACAGGUUCUAGAGCUUCUCCAUUUCAAAGACAAGAUAACAGCACUGCAGUUCCAGCGAGUGGCCACCAGGGUGGCGCUCACCAUGGUGGAGGAACAACCUGAGUUUGCCCAGCACUUCCUACUGUCUCCUCUCCUCUUACCUUUACAGCACUGUGCAUCCGUCCCAGAGGCAGCAGGUACUACAGGAGAGGAUGUAGUACCUGAGUCUGAGCUGACCUGUUGUGUGGAGGAUGUAUAUAAAAUCUAUGUGGUGGGUAACAGCCCAUCAGGAAUGCUGCUAAGCGCACUGGGGGAAGUAAUUCCCACAAUUGUCAGCCUGUUUUGUUACACCAAACAAAAUGUCUCACACCUACGCACCCCCUGUCAGGAGAUCUUGCAGUGGUACCUGUCUCAUGUGGAGCAGUCAUCAGCACUCUUACUGCUCAAACACCUGUGUGUCAUGCAGGGGGGUGGAGCUGGAGUUGCACCAGGCUACCAUUUCUCACCUGGCAGUGAAGGAGGCGUCAGGCUCACCCGAAAAGACCCAGACUGUGAUGAGGAUGAUGCUCUGUAUGAGAAAGUGUCAGGGGAUCAGUGGAAAGUGGAGUGUGUCGUGCAGCUCUUGGCUGAGAUGAAGGACACUGAUCUGCCUGGAGAAUUCUUCCUCUCACUCCUGCAGGAUCUGACAGACUUAGCAGCAGAGCAGCAGAAGCCUGAAAAGGAAGUAGACACAUCUUCCAUGACGCUGCUGGAGCUGGAGAAACACCUCACUGGGUGUGUGAGUGGCUAUGGUCAGAGGCUGGCUCUCCUACAGACUCUGGCUGUUAUGUGUGAGAUUCUGCCACACACACAGCUACUGCGUAAGGCCACCCAGGUGGUGAGCUUCAUAGAGGCCAUGCUACAGAGGGCAUGUGUAGGUCUAGAACAUGGCUCAGAGAGCUCAGUUGAGAGUCAGACUCUGAGUAUGGGAAUGGGUCUGGUGGCCACUCUGCUGUCUGGAGCUGCACAGCUGACUCCAGAGGACUACUCCUCCAUGGCCAGGCUUCUGGCUCCUUUGGAGCAGAUUUCACAGCAGCACCCAGAGCCUGUGAUCCAGGAGCUAGCGUCAGAUCUGCGGGCUACUAUAGCUACACGAGGGGCUUAUCACUCAGACUCUGUGACUAAUGCUGCCCAAUGCUAUAGCCAUAGCAGUUAUGCUCAAACAAAGAAUCAGGUGACAAGCCAGAACAAAGGAAAUCCUGUCAAACCUAGUGGAAGCUCAGAGAGCCCAAGAGCCCAUGUUAGUCAGAACACUGAGAUGCCACAUAUCAGUCAACAGUCACCUAAGGUUCCACCUACCUGCUGUUCAGUCAGUGCACAGUCCACUGCCUCUGUGCCUUCACAUUCCCAAAAUACAGCAAGUCUUGUCACAGUUAGCACCUCUGCAGAAGUGAGAGAGCAGGCCCAGAAUUUGCAGCAUAGAGAUGAAAGAAAUGGAAAAUCAUUUACACUGAAGCCUGCUGCCAGCACACACACCUCUGCUUCCACUAAUCCAACUCCAGAGAAGGGCUUCUCUGAGUGGCUGCUGGAGGCCUGUGACCCCGAUGUGCCCACCCGGGCCAUGGCACUGCGAGCACUCACCCAAUAUGUAAAAGAGGGAACCAAGGAUGCACUACAGGCCCGUGACAAGCUUCUGAUGAUAUUUUUGGAGAACCUGGAGCAUGAAGACUCAUUUGUAUACCUUUCUGCCAUUCAAGGCCUGGUCCUGUUGGCUGACUCAUUUCCUGAGCAGAUCCUGCAGCGGCUGUUGGCCGAAUAUCAGGCAGCUCCAAAUGCAGCUUCCUCCAGCAGGGGGCGAUGUCUGGAGACACGCCUCAAGGUGGGGGAGGCUUUGAUGAGAGCUAGUAGAGCCAUGGGUGACCUUGCACCACACUAUGGCCGCCCUCUGAUUGGGGCAUUCCUAAGUGGCACACGGGACAACGACAGCAGCGUUCGUGCCAGCUGCCUAUCCAACCUGGGAGAGUUGUGCCAGCGCUUACAUUUCUCCCUCGGUCCACUGGCACAGGAGUUGAGCAUGUGUCUCACAACCCUGAUAAAGACAGAAAAAGAGGCUGAAGUGCGGAGAGCUGCAGUCCAUGUCAUUGCUUUACUACUGAGGGGCCUCAGUGAUAAAACCACUCAGGUUCUAGGAGAUGUUCUUUUGGAGCUGUAUCGGGCUUUGAAGUGGGUGGUUCGCUCUGACCCGGAUGAGGUGGCUGUACUCCAUGCUCAACUGGCCCUGGAAGAACUUGAUGAUGUUAUGAGGAAAUUCAUUUUCCCUCAGCAGAAACUGGAGAAGAAGAUUGUGGUUUUGCCCUGACUCUGAAUACCUACAUGGCUAAACCUAAAAUGUUCCUCUGGCAUAAAUGUGGUUAAAAUAAGAAAUUCCCACUACUCAUACUCUGAACUUUUGGUGCCUGACAAAGUAGUAGUCAGGCUUUUGUCAUCAGACACAGAGGUCAAAGGGCAGGAAGUGUAAAGUAGAGCAAAGCAAAAGACUGAGAUUGGCGUUACUCUGCAUAAAUGACAGAACAGCAGGCUACUCUAUGCUAUGUACUUAGUUCCUCUUUCCCUCACCCCCACCCUUUUGCACUACAUAUAGAAAAAGACAGGGUUUUGAUAUCACAGAAAACGAAGACAAAGCAGGCUGAUUCAUUACUCCAUGUAAAGGUGUCCUUUAAAAGAGGUGAACAUGCUACUGAACCUUUCCAUAUCCUUUAGCUUCCAGAAAGAAUUUGUCCUUGAUAUAUUACACAUUUGUGCUAUAAAUUAAAUUGAAUAAUUAUAAAGGGAAAAUUAUUUAUCACACAGUGAAUAAAUGUGAAUGUUUUUUUUUUCCUUUACUGCCUUUAUAAUCCAUUCUGAUAAAACCAUAUAGAUGUUUGAUCAUGUUCUGAUCAUUGUUAUACUAUUCCAUCUAUAUCCCUAUCUAUUCCCAUUAUUUUUUCCUUUUAUUUUAUGAUGGUUUGAUCACAGAAGAUUCAGAUUAUCUCACUUUCACAUACAAGGACAUUAUCACGAGCUAGUACCUUUACAGACUUGCAGGUGGACUAGUUGUUAAAAUGUGUCGCAUCACUGUGACUAAAUUCUGUGAAAUGUCCAAAAGUAUCAGUUUUGAUCAUAAUUUAGUUUUUUUUUUUUUUGCCAAUAAUAUGAUUUGACAACUCUGUGUUUACUCUAAGAAAGCAAAUAAAUGUUAUCAAAAUGUCAUGGGAAUGUUUUUAUUUGGCUGCUUUCUAACCGUGCUUUGAAAUCUGCCUGCAAAAAUCACAUUGGAUAAGGUGUCAGUUUAAGAAGACAUCUUUGGGCAGAUAGUGCUGAAGCGAAAUGGAUUUAAGCCUAAUAUAGUUCAUUUUGGAGCUGUCAAAUUGUCUGCAAUACAUCCUCACAACAGAGAAGAGUUCUUACAUGCUCUGUACAGAUGGCAAGAUUUUAAAAUGUUUAAUGACCUAAUAAAAAAGACAUUAAUAACAAGAAAUUUAGUCAACAGAAGUGAAUUAAUCUGUGAUUAUUUCAGCACUGAUGUUAGGAUGAACAAUAUCAAGUGAAGAGACAACAAUGAAGCUCCAGUUCAAGUGCUGUAAGUGACUAUUACCUGAGAUGAUAAGACAAACUGAUGUGGAUCAAAGUGAUAAUGCAUUUUCCAGUGUAAACAUAUUCAUUUUGUAAAAUUCGGUGUUAAUGUUGUUUGUCCAUAAAAUGUGAUUUUGUCCUUUAAGGAACCUCUGUUUUAAUGGGAACAGCUAUACAGCUGCACAUUUAUGCAGUUAUCAGCCAAUCAUGUGGCAGCAGCACAAUGCAUAAAAUCAUGCAGAUACAGGUCAAGAGCUUCAGUUAAUGUUCACAUCAAAUAUCAGAAUGGGGAAAAGU